CAAAGCCUAACCACCUUUGCAGCUGAACGUGACUUCUCAUACAGGAAGUGGAGCAUUGGCGUGAAGUGGCUUCCAGCAGUGGUGUGGCCCAGACUGGCUGCCCUCUCCUGACUCCAGGGACCCCUGGGUGACUGGACUCCCGGAAUCAACGUGGAGGCUGUGGGGCAGCUGGGGCAGCGUCCAUUGGGAAAACCAGAAGAACACACCCUGCUGCUCAUGCCUGUGGGGAUCUGCCAGGAGGAAGCCAGGGGCAGGACCCGCACAAGGUGCUGGCUGGCACAGUAUGGAGCGCCCGAGCAAGAUGGAGUUCUUCCAGAAGCUGGGCUACAGCCAGGAGGAUGUGGUCAGGGUGCUGGACAAGCUGGGUGACAGCGCCCUGGUCAAUGACGUGCUGCAGGAGCUGAUCAGGACAGGCAGUCGACCUGCAGCUCAGGAGGGCCCAGACAGCAGCACUGGGCCCCUACUUGUUCCCAGGGGCUCCUGUGGGGCCCCAGACUCUACCUGGCGGGGCCUGGGGCCAGCUCUGGAAGAGGACUGCAGUGACCCAGCCAGUUCUCUGCGCCCCAUAGUGAUCGAUGGCAGCAACGUGGCAAUGAGCCAUGGAAGUAAAGAAGUCUUCUCUUGCCGGGGAAUCCAGCUGGCUGUAGACUGGUUCAGGGACAGAGGACACACCUACAUCAAAGUUUUUGUCCCAUCUUGGAGGAAAGAGCCAUCCAGAUCUGAUACCCCCGUCAGAGAGCAGCAUGUGCUGGAGGAGCUGGAGCGGCAGGCAGUGCUUGUGUACACCCCGUCCCGCAAGGUGAACGGCAAACGGGUGGUCUGCUAUGACGACCGCUACAUCGUGAAAGUGGCCUAUGAGAAGGACGGCGUCAUCGUCUCCAAUGACAACUACCGAGACCUGCAGAGCGAGAACCCUGAGUGGAAGUGGUUCAUUGAGCAGAGGUUGCUCAUGUUCUCCUUUGUCAAUGAUAGGUUCAUGCCUCCUGAUGAUCCCCUGGGCCGCCAUGGACCCACCCUGAGCAACUUCCUGAGCAGGAGGCCGAGGCCCCCAGAGCCAUCCUGGCAGCACUGCCCCUAUGGCAAGAAAUGCACCUAUGGCAUCAAGUGCAAGUUCUACCACCCAGAGAGGCCGCACCACACGCAGCUGGCGGUGGCUGAUGAGCUGCGCGCCAAGACGCGGGCCCGGCCGGCCCCCCGGGAACCCGGUGCGCACAGCCUCGCCCCCGAGGCUCUGGCCGCCCUGCGAGGGGGCUUCUCGCUGUUGGCCGUCAGCGACGACUGGGUGCCUACAGGCCGCGGCGCUGCCACCCCCGGGCCGCAUUGCCUCAGGGAGCUGGGGCCUGGCCUGCGCGGCCUCCCGCUCCAGCAGAGCCCGAGCACCCCCAGCAACCUCCCGGCACCGCUAUGCGCGCAGGCCCAGCAGUGGGGUGCACACGGCUCCAGGGUCCUGCUUCUUCCACGCAGCCCGCGUGACGACCAGUGGGCCCCACUGCCCAGCUCCGACAGCUUUCUGGGUCGCUCGGCUUGGGCGGAGCCAGUUUGGGGCGAUAGCGCCCUCGGAGGACCUUCGGGACUGCGACCCCCGGGACCGAGGGCAAAGUAGACGCACGUGCUCUGGCAGUGUCUUUCCGCUAGACCUGGCGGACUUCGGAGUAGCCUGGAUCCUCGCUGUCUUGCAUCUGGCCAGGCGCAUCUGGCUAUGGCAGAAAUCGAAUAGGGCCGGUCCCAGUGAAUGGCCCAGUCUUGCCUGGCAACUUGGGAAAAUGGACCCGUUGAUGGUUGCCUGGGUCCAUCCUGACCCCUUUACUUUAAAUUGGUCAGAGGACCCUGCUUUCUCCUCUUUAACGGUAGGUGCCCCCCAUGGUGGCACUUGGUGACCCUCACUGAGGCCAGGGCCUGCUCUGUGGAGGGAGGAUUGGUCUAAAACAGCUGGUGUGUCCAGCUGUAAGUAUGUCACAAAAUCAAUUCAAUCUUGGCUGAACUCUUGUGAUCCCAGUACUCUGAGAGACUGAGGCAGGAGGAUUGCCUCCUCAAGUUUGACCCAGCCAGGACAAUUUAGUAACUUAGUGAGACCCUGUCUCAAAAAAAAAAAAAUUUAAAAAGGGCUGGGAAUGUAUUUUAGUGCGUGGACCUUGAAUUAAAUUCCUAGUACCAAGAAAGGAAAAAGAAAAUCAAUUCAAUGGGUCACAGCCACAAACAUAACAGAAGAGGACAUAUCAGAACAUAGCCCAUGUAAUCAGGCUAAAUCUAAACACGUUUCUAGAUAGAUGUGUGUGCCUAUGCAACUUGGAAAGCCAUGUAAACUUAAUGUGGUUCAUGGUCAGAAGUUUGAAAAAGGUUGGUGAGUGAUCUUGAAU